AUGGCUAACACUCAGUUCGCUCUUACAUCAAAACUGCAUGAAAAAUAUAUAUGUUCUGGUUUAAGUAAUUUGCAACAAAAUGGGGAAUUGGUUGACAUGACUUUAGCAGCAGAUGGACACUUGGUGAAAGUCCAUCAAGUGAUUCUAGCUCUAGCUAGUCCAUACAUAAAAGAUCUCAUCUCUUCAGCGCAAUGCCAACAUCCAGUAAUAUUUUUAAAUAAAAUAUCAUACACAACUCUCUCAGCAAUGCUAGAAUAUAUUUACACGGGAGAAGUCCUUGUCACUGUUGAAAAUUUGGGCGAAUUGGUUGAAGCAGGAAAAGAGCUACAUAUCAAAGGCUUGGAGGAUAUGCACCUGCACACAGAACUGGUCUCGAAAACCUACAGCCCUCAAAGCACGGAGGAUGAUGCGAAGAAAACGUUGGACGGUGAACUGUUCCUGGAGAUGACAAACAGAGAGAGCGACAAUCUUGCAGAAGAGACAGUGUACGACGAUAAGCACAUGACCAAUAUUGAAACGACAGAAGCCCGUGGCCAACAGGAGACGCAUUCAUACGAAGACCCCAUGGAAGAGGAAAGCGAGGGACCAAUAGAGUGCAUAAAGGAGGAAGAUACCUUAGAUGAGCACCUCAGCGAAAGUUUGCAACGAGUGGGCGCCUCCAAAGUGAAACUGAGCACAGCCGACAAGAAAAACGCGGAGGGCACCUUGCAGUAUACCGUGUCCAACCAGGGCUCCCUCCAGAUGAUCCUCAACCGCUACAUGUACUACCUGAAGUACACCAACCGGAACCGCUCGAAGCAGUGGCGGUGCGUCGACUACUUGAAGAGCGCCAGGUGCCCUGCCCAUGUGGUCACCAGGGAUGAUGUCGUCAUCCAAAGGACCGCGGCUCACACGCACCCGUUCCACGACCAGCGGAUCCUGAAGAAGGUGAGGGCGGGCGCGGUGUUCUCCGCGAUAGUGGAGGCGGAGAAGGAAGGGGAGAACAUCAUAAAGGGCAGGGGAGCGGAGUCGGGAGUGCAGAGCGAA